GAUUAGGGCUUAACCCACAAAGUGUCCUGAAUCCCAUUCAAUCAAUUGAUAAUUGUGUAAAGUACUCAAAGUGUUAAUUGAGUUUCCGCUGAAAAGUGAUUAGAACUCGCAUCACAGGAUGAGGGCUCUGGGCGGGCUCACCCUGCUUCUGGCGGUGGCCAUCUGUCAGGGCUACGAGACCUAUCAGCGCUCCAGUUACAGAUCCAGCUCGUCGUCGUCCUACGGAGGUGGAAAGACGGUGCCACAACUCAAUUCGUUCGCCUCCGCCCACUACCAUGAGGUGCGGGAGCUGGCCAACCAACUGAAGCAGAAAUUCAACGUCCUCUCGCAAGGAUCAAGCAACAUUGGCUACACAUCCCCCUGGAGUGCUUCUAUCUUAGACCUUAGCGGAAAGAGCACCCUCCAGCUGGACCAACUGAGUACUGAGAUCAGCCGGCAGCUGGUGCAGGAUAUGCGCCAAGGCAUAACCAACUACCAUACCAUUGCGCAGCCCAACUUCUUCGAGGCAAAGGCCGCCGAGUUGCUCGAGCGCUCUUCCGUAGCGGAGAGCGCUAGUGUGCAACAGACAGUGGGUCUGGGUCCCUAUCAACCCGUGGACUUGAGCGGAUUCGAUGAGGUGAAGAACUACGCCUAUCCCGCUGAGGUGAAGGUCAUCGACGGCAAGACCUACGUGGUGCACCGCAACUGCACCGAGGCCACAAAGUUGUCGGGCUACGGAGGUUCUGCCCAGCUCAACUCCGGAUUCCUUGGCCACCAGCAGACGUCGCUCCCACUUAGCAGCACCACCACCACCAUUACGCGCAAGAAGACCAUCCAUGACUGGGUGAGGGAGAACAUGGAACCAAGUAUCGUUGGCUACAACUCGGUGGUCAAUUUGGAUGGCCAGCUGAGAAACAGUCCCCUCAACCAGAUGGUUCCCCUGUCACCGGGUGCCAGUUCGACUGUGGUCUUUCACCGAUUCAACAAAACAAUCACCACGAAUCCGGACGGAACCCGCUCCGUAGGAGGAUCUGAGUCACAGCAGCGUUGGCAGGACGGCAAGUUGGUGUUCGACCAACAGCAACCCUUUGGCCAGUACACGAUCACGCGGGACGAGCAGUGGAAGCGCGAGGAGCGCGAGAGGCUCUUCUGGUAUUUGACCACGCCGCAGCGACUGGACGACUGGCAGCAGCAGCAGGAGGAGCGCCUACUGGGCGUGGUGCAGCGCUACCAGGUGGGCCUACCCGUGCUCAAGGAGUUCCACCGCCGCGAACUGGCCCGCUACCAAGCCUUGUUGGGUCAGUAUCAGUCGCGUGUUCAGGACUCGAGUAGCUGGCAGAGGCAGGAGCGCGGUCGCCUGGACUGGUUGAUUCACCAGAACGGCUUCACCGCCCAGGACAUCGACCGGUGGCAGAACGAGAACGCACGUAAGCUGGCCGAGGCGGCACAGCAGCAUGGGAUUAGCCAGAACCAACUGCAGCAGUUCCAGCGCGAGGAGCUGCAACGUCUGUAUGUUCACUUCAACCAGGUGAACGAGUCUCUGGCUCCGCAGGUGCCGUCGGUGCCCCAAACCACCUACAACUACCAAUCGUCGAGCUCGCUGACCGAGGACAACACCAAGGAGCAACAGCGUCUGGAGGAGCUGAUUCGUCAGCACAACGCCACCAUUGCCGCACUCCAGAACUCCAUCAAGACCGACCAACAGCGACUGAAGAACCUUUCGAUCAAGUACCAGGGUGACAUGCAAAGCCAAACACAGUGGCUUCGCGGCGAGGUGGCCCGCAUCGGUGACCUGAUUAAGGAGCAGAACGAGCAGGUUUCCAAGAUCACCGCGUGGCAGAGUUCGGAGCGCUCCCGCCUCGAGAACAUUCUGUUGCAGCACCGCGGCUCCGUGGAGGAAGUGCAGCAGCGUAUAAAUAUGGACCGUAACUACCUACAGAACCUAGCUACCAAGUACCAGGUAAGCGUGGAGGAGCUGGAGAAGUGGCAGAAGGAGGAACUGGAGCGCCUUCAGGUGCGCGGACAGCAGCAGCUGGAGGAACACAUCAAGGACUGGCAGAUCAGCGUGAGCAGCAACCUGCGCGACAUCGCCACUCAGAACCAGCUGACCAUUGACGAGUUCCAGAACUACAUCAUCAACGACCGCAGCCACCUGGAGGAGAUGGCUCGUUUGUAUAAGGUAAAGGUGGAGGAGGUCGAGCAGUGGAUCAAGAGCGAGCUGAAAAAGUUCCAGUCGGAGGGUCUGCUCAAGGGCGUGGAGCAGGAGUUGAUCCAGUGGCAGCAGAAGGAACGGGAACGUCUCCAGGCCAUUGUGCAACAGAACUCUUUGACGGUGGAGCAGCUGGAGGUGAGGAUCAAGAAUGAUCAGGACCACUUCUUCAAGCUGGCCGACAAGUACAAGAUCAAUGUCGAGGACAUUCAGGACUGGCUGAAGAAGGAGCUGCUGCGCCUCCAAAGCGAGGGUCUGGUCAAGGCGGAAACCCUUAAGGAGUGGCAACAGCAGGAGCGCGCCCAGAUCUCGUUGCUUGUGCAGCAGAACAAGUACUCGCUGGACGAGUUCGAGCGCAAGAUGCUGGCCGACCGGGCACGUCUCCAGGAGCUCUCCAACACCUACAACGUAAAGGUGUCCGAGAUAGAGCAGUGGAUAAAGUCCGAGGGCGAUCGUCUCCAGCACGAGGGACAGCUGCGAAUGGAGUCCCAGCUGAACAACUGGCAGAAGAUCGAGCGACAACGCCUGCUCGAUUUGAUCAACAAGAACAACCUGUCCAUCGAGGAGAUCGAGUCGAAGAUCAGCAAGGAUCAGACCCAUCUCUACAGCUUGGCCCAACAGCACCAGGUGCGCGUCGAGGAGAUCGAACAGUGGAUAAGGCAGCAGAUUCAGAAGCUGCAGGACCAGGGCCUUAUUGAGAUGCAGAAGCUGAAGAACUGGCAGCUGGAGUGGCGCGGCAAUCUAACGAACAUGGUACAGGAUCGCGACUUCACCGUGGAGGAGUUCCACAAGUGGCUGCUCAAGGAUCGCGAGCAGCUGCAGAGCCUGGCCAUGCAGCACAACGUGCAGAUCGAGGAGAUCGAGCAGUUUGUCAAGAAGGAGGAGCAGCGCUUCAUCGGAAUGGGUCUGCUCAAGCCCAGCGAGAAGCUGACCAACUGGCAGGAGGUGGAGCGACUGCAUCUGAAGAACCUGGCCCAGCAACAGUACAAGUCCACGGAGCAACUGGAGGCUCGUCUCAAGCAAGAUCGGGAGCUGCUCGAGCGCCUGGCCCGCCAGUACAGCGUCCAGGUGGAGGAGAUCGAGAGCUGGAUGAAGCAGGAGCUGGCGCGUAUGCGUGACGAGGGUCAGCUUCAGAUCGACAACCUGACCUCCUGGCAGCUGGCAGAGCGCGAGCGCCUAGAGGCCCUCAUCAAGCAGAACAAACAGUGGAGCGCCGAGGAACUUAGGGCCGAGCUGGAGAAGGAUCGCGAGCACAUGCAGACCAUGGCCUUCCAGUACCACACCUCGGUGGAGGAGAUCGAGAAGUGGCUCCAGAGCGAAAUCGAGCGACUCAAGCAGCAGGGCAAGCUCAACAUCGAGCAGCUCACCGCCUGGCAGCGCACCGAGCAGCAGCGCAUCCUGUCGCUGCUCCAGCAGCACUCCAACAUCACCUUGGAGCAGUUCCAAGCCAAGGUCCACAACGAUCGACGUUUCCUGAUGAACCUUGCCGAACAGCACCACGUCCACAUUGAGGAAGUGGACAACUACGUGAAGCAGGUGAUCGAGGAUCUACGCAAGAACGGACAGUUUGAGAUCGAGCAACUGCAAACGUGGCAGAGAGUGGAGCGCGACUACAUCAAGAGCCUGAUCUCGGAGUACAAGAACAGUCUAUCCACGGCGGAGUACGAGGAGAAACUGCUGGCGGAUCGUGCCCAUCUGAAGCAUCUUGCCGAUCAGUACCGCAUAAAUGUGGAGCAGAUCGAGGAGUGGAUGAUUGCGGAACUGAAGCGUCUGCGCGGCAGCACUGAGGAAACCUUGAAGAGCCUCAGCGCCUGGCAGGUGUCCGAGUUGGAGCGCCUGCAGAACUUGGUCAAGCAGCAGAACCACUUGACCUUCGUGGAGUUCGAGAUGGAGCUGAACCAGGAACGCGACCGUCUGCAGAAGCUGGCCAACCAGUAUUCCGUCAACGUUGUGGAGAUCGAGGAGUGGCUUCGCCAGCAGCUAAUCAAUCUGCGCACCACAGGUCAGGCUAAGGUCGAGAAUCUGAGCAAGUGGCAGGUGGAGGAGCAGCAGCGCCUGAUAGAGAUGCUCCUGAAGAAGCAGCAAGAGAUGCCCUACGAGCAGGUGGAGCGGGAGCUGACCCAGGAUCACGCCCGCCUCCAGAGCCUUUCCCAAACGCAUCACGUGGACAUCGACCAUGUUGACCACUGGCUGCGGGAGGAGCUGCGUCGUCUGCAGAGCUCAGGCCUCGUCCAGAUCGAGCAGCAGACCCAGUGGCAGCAGAAGAUCAGCAACGGAUUUAACAACUGGCUGGAGCAACAGCGCAAUGGAGCCAGCUACCAGGACUUCGUGGAAUUCCUGAAGCGCGACAAGCAGCGCAUGGAUGGCAUUGCCACUGACUACCAUGUCACUGUGGAGCAGGUCGAGAAAUGGGUUCAAAAAGAAGCCGCCCGACUUUCGCUCAUCGGAGUGAUUGAACGACCGGAGAACAACUUGAAGUACGAGGAUAUUAGCAACAUAUGGGUUGGAGACCAGACUGAUUCCUGGAAGAACGAGUUGGUGACGCGUUUGCGCACCGUGACCCGUCAGCGACCCUUCACCCGGCAGGAGUUCGAGAGCUACCUGAUCCGCAACAAGCCAAUCUUCGAACAGAUCGCACGCCAGUACCAUGUGACCAUCGAGGACAUCCACCUGUGGCUGGACCAGAGCGCCAAGAGCGAGGGCCUGGUAACCUCUGAGUGGCAAGCCAAGGAGCGAUUGCACAUCGACAACCUGAUCAACCAGCAGCUGCGCAAGCAGCAGAGGUGGACCAUCGAGGAGCUGGAGCUCCGGCUGAACAACGACCAGAAGCACUUGCAGGAUGCAGUCGCCCAGUACCAUGUCACCGUGGAAGAGUUAAAGGUGUGGUACAAGGACGAGCUCAACCGCCUGCUGGAGCAGCGUAGAAUCGAUCGUGGUUCAGGCAUCUCCUGGCAGAACAUUGAAUCGCAACACAUCUACCUGACGAUUGUGAACAACCCGGGCAUCAGUAGGCAGGCUCUGGAGAACCGACUGUUCCGUGACGUCCACGUGCGAGCCUCACAGUACCAAAUCACCGUCGAGGAGCUGCGACAGUUCAUUCUCAGCCAGCUUCGUCGAUUCUCGGACAUGGGUUUGAUCGCAGCCAAUGGACGACAGGCUAACAACUGGCACGACCAGGAGCGAAAGCGUCUGCGCGAAGUGGUCAAGGGAGUGGUAAUCACCGAGCAGGAGCUGCUCGAUUUCAUCUCACAGGACACGAGCUUCCAGACGCAACUGGCCCAGUCCUACCAGGUGGGCCUCGAGCAGUUGGCGCCCGUCCAACGCAUAUUCAUCGGCAACUUGGCGCGCGAACAGUUGCUGGAGCAGCGUCGCCUGAACCAUCUGACCACCUGGCAGCAGCGGGAACGUGACCGCCUGUACGAGUUCAUCGGCAAUCAGAACAUGACGCAGACGGAGCUGAAGACCUGGCAGAUCCAGGACUCCAAAUUGCUGGCGGAAUUCGCCAAGAGGUACGACAUCUCGGUGCAGCAGCUUUCGGAUUGGCAGAAGCAGGAGCUCGCCCGUAUCAACCAGUUCGCCAGGUACUACGGCAUGUCUCAGAGCGAUCUGCAGCAAUUCCGUGAGGGUGAGCUUCGCCAGCUGGCGUACAUCAAUCACCGCCAGCUAUUGUCCGCCGCCGAGGCCCAGAAGUGGGAAAAGCGUCAUCAGUGGACUUUGAGUCGUCUCCAGAGUCUCUAUGGCAAGUUCGGCCAAGAACUGGUCGCCUGGCGCCGCACGCUCUACCUGCUGAGCCAGGGACUCAUCGACCUGCCCGCGGACAGCGGCUCCAAUGGCGGUUAUGUGGUGGAUCCAGGAAGCACCAAUGCCACUGCCGUCUACAAACCAAUAUUCUCCAAGGAUCGCGGUGACCAGCCGCCUGACACUUACGAUGAAUCCUUUUUCGAGGGUGACGAGCCGGGACUGGAGUUCGAGACCGCCCGUCCCAGACCACCAAAUCCCGCACCCAUUGUGUCCACACCAACGCCUCGGAUUCCCUACUCCCGUGGUGGACCGUCUGGUGGCUACGAGUACCGACGCCAGGACUACACCUUUAACGUGCCAGUGGGCUCAGCCUCUGCCUCGGCUAGCGGCGGACCCACCGGCUCCUCAGCCAGUGCAAGCGCAAGCUUAGGGAAGUGGAACCGGGCUUCUGGGGACGAGCCAUUGCAACAGGACGUGGAUCUCGGCCAGCAGCAGCAAAUUGAGGAGCUGGGAUGGAACGAAAAGCUGGAGGAUCUUGGGCAGCAGACGCAAGUCGAGGACACGGACUGGAACCAGCAGGCAGAGGAUCUCGGCCAGCAGCAGCAGGUUCAGGUUGAGGAUGACCUCCACUUCGACCAGAAGCAGGGUCACGGCACCAGCAGCAGCAGGAGUCAACCCCUGCAGCAAGCAACGAAGGUGGAGGUGGAAGCCACUUCAGAGCCGUCGUUCUGGGAAAAGCUGAAGGGGAAGCUCGGCUAGAGGCCAAACCAAAUAACUGCCAUUCACCAACGGACUGUUUUUAGUCCGAACUAAAAAGUUACUACCCGAGAGGAAAACUCUCAACUAAUACAAAUCUUAAUAUAUUCUACAAAUCUUUCUUUAAUCCUCUUAGUUUAAGACACAAAUAAAUGACAUUUACUGUGCAGCGAAAAUA